AUGGAAAAGAUCACACUCGCAAGCCAAGAGACACCAUCCGAACGGGGCACUGGUGUUGAUCCAUUAAAACUCCGCCUUCGUCCCUCAAAGCUGAAUCGACCCCCGCAGACGGUAAAAGGACGAGGAGAGGAAAAAAGGACCAACAGAAUUUUGGCACGCCCAAUGGGACUUCUCUCUGUGCAUGGUGAGAAAGACCAGAAAGAAAGUAUACAUGGCUGA